AUGGCGGAGUCUUGUCAGUUCCCCGAAGUGGAUGUUAAUCCCUUGAGAGAAUCAAGGAACGAAGAAAGUGGCCCCCGUGAGUCGGUCGGGGGGGGAAGCCUGGCACGAGCGAUUCAAGACGGCCGGGCCAGUGGUCAGCCUCGGAAGUUGGCUGGAAGGUGGAGGAGGAUGAGAGGAGGAGGAGGAGCGAGCAAGAAAGUCGCGGGCGAAUGCAAGGAAGAGAGGUUGUACUACAACGAGGAAAGUGCUAAGAUCAGGACAGUUGUAGUAACAGCCGGGGUGACCUUCUAUACCGACGAUAUCCUGACCGACACGGGAAAGAUUGGCUGA